GGUAGCUCGAGCUCAUUUGCCAUCCGUUUGUUAAUUAGUCAACGUUGGAAUAAUUGGUUCAAUGCAUAGCCUUACCUUCAGAUUCAUGCAGUUCAUAUAACAUGGGUCGUCCAUUGCUACCUUUAACAACAUUAGCUUUUGUAAGCAAUCGAUCAAGAGUGAAAGAAAAGAAAAUGAGUACCCUUAAGUUUUUCAACAAAUUAAAUAUAUUUUCUAAGUUCUUAGUAAUUUGCAUGAUGGUAUCUCUUUUGGUUGGUUCAAGUUAUUCAGCAUGUGAUUUUAAGGCAAUUUUCAACUUUGGGGAUUCAAAUUCGGACACAGGUGGGUUUCAUGCAGCUUUCCCUGCACAGCCUCGUCCCUAUGGAAUGACUUAUUUCAAAAAACCAGCAGGACGGGCUUCUGAUGGUAGGCUCAUUGUGGAUUUUCUAGCCCAGGCUCUUGGAUUGCCAUAUUUGAGCCCAUAUUUGCAGUCAAUUGGAUCAGACUAUACAAAUGGGGCUAACUUUGCAAGUUCAGCAUCUACUGUGCUUCAGCCCACUACUUCCUUCUUUGUCAGUGGGCUCAGCCCUUUUUCCCUUGCCAUACAACUAAGGCAAAUGGAGCAAUUCAAAGCCCAAGUUGAUGAAUCACAUCAAAAGGGAACAAUGAUAUCAUCUGAUGGUUCUUCUGGAACGAAAAUUCCUUCACCAGAUAUAUUUGGAAAGGCAAUUUAUACAUUCUAUAUUGGUCAAAAUGACUUCACAUCCAAAAUAGCAGCCACUGGUAGCAUUGAUGGAGUGAGGCACAACCUUCCUCAAAUUGUCUUACAAAUUGAUGCUGCUAUUAAGGAGCUAUAUGUACAAGGUGGGCGUACAUUUAUGGUAUUCAAUCUUGGUCCGGUAGGAUGCUACCCUGGAUACUUGGUGGAGCUUCCUCAUGCAAACUCUGACUUUGAUGAGUUUGGAUGCAUGAUUUCUUACAACAAUGCUGUGCAUGAUUAUAACAAAUUGUUGAAGGAGACAUUGAGUCAAACCAGAAAAAGUUUAAUAGAUGCUUCCCUUGUUUAUGUGGACACCAACUCUGCUUUAUUAGAACUCUUCCACCAUCCCACUUAUUACGGGCUAAAGUAUGGUAGUAGAGCAUGCUGUGGGCAUGGGGGUGGUGACUACAACUUUGACCCUAAAAUUUUGUGUGGCAAUAUGGUUGCAAGUGCCUGUGAUGACCCUGAAAACUAUGUGAGCUGGGAUGGCAUCCAUUUCACAGAAGCAGCGAACAAGCUUGUUGCAAUGGCAAUUAUCAAUGGCUCACUUUUUGAUCCCCCUUUCCCUCUUCAUGAACACUGUGACCUCCAACCUAUUAUUGAUUGA